AUGCUGGAUAAGGUGCUGCGUGAAGUGAAGUGGUGGGGCGAGACAUUCGUCGGCUUGGCAAAGGUGAUCGCCAGUCCGAAUGCGCCCGUUCCGCCGGCCGACAUCCAUCCGCGUCAACCUGCCAUGCCGUGCACUCCUGCAGAAGCGUUUCGAGCGUUCCCAUUCCGAUGGUGGUGGAAGUUAUGCCCAAUGAAUAGAAACUUCAUCAUCUGGAUGUCAAUACUUAUUCCAAUCUAUAUAGUCAAAUUUCCUCCACAAGUAUGGCAAGCGAUGAUGGUGCAUCGGAUCCCUGAGCAUAUGUCAUUACAUAAUCGACGAGGAAAAGCGCAGCGCAAGCAGGAUGAGCUGUAUUUCAAGAAAUAUGAUCCACUGAGGGAAGAAACUCCAGUGGGAGCUCGAAAGUGA